AUGAACUCAAGGUGUUUUCUGUGCAAAAGCUCCGAAAAUGACGAACUGCUGUACGGGAAAUUCUGCACGAAAUGGGACCUUUCGGUUCAUUAUUACUGUUUGCUUUUGUCGUCGAACCUGAUACAGAACGGUGAAAGUGAUGCGGUCGGUAUCUUUGGGUUUCUGGAGAAAGACAUACGGCAAGAGCACAAGCGGACGAGACGCUUCCGGUGCUACAUCUGCAGGCAGCUGUGUGCGAAUGUAACCUGCUGUUUUAAGAAAUGCCUCCGAAUGUUUCACACCGCCUGCGGCAUCAAGAACGACUGCCUGUCGCACUUCACGGACACCUUUCAGUCUUGGUGUGCGGAACAUGUACCGCUAAACCCUGAACAGUCGCGGCAUACGACGACAGAACCGUGUUCGAUUUGUUUCGAUGAGAUGGGCAGCUUCAACAGAAUCUCCUCGAUACAAGCCCCAUGCUGUCGAAACGGAUGGUUCCACCAGCGGUGCAUGAGAAAAUUCGCCCAAUCGGCCGGGUACUUUUUCAAGUGCCCGCUCUGCAACAACGCGGAUGCGUUCACGGGGGCGAUGCGCCUGCGGGGUGUGUUUGUGCCGGCACAAGAUGCUGCAUGGGAGCUCGAACCAAACGCAUUUCAGGAGCACCUGUUUCGGCCCUCGGAAUGUGACGCAGAAAGCUGCAAGUGUCCCGAUGGUCGUACCGUAGAUACUCGGGGCGGCUGGUGUUUGCUGAUUUGCGGUUCGUGUGGAGCAACAUCACGGCACAGGCAGUGCAUGGCGUCGUCCGAAGCAAGGUCCUACGUCUGUCAAUCGUGCCAACCCAUCAUCGGAGAAGGGGUUCCCUUGGAGGACGACGACAGUAGUGAGGCGUCGCUAUCAUGUUCACAGGAGGAGAACCUUGGGGCGGUUAAUGGUAUCGGUCCGUCUCCUGGGUCCGAGUCUGGCAUUCAGUGCUCCAGCAGUGAGGAAUCAGUGGUGCGGUAUGUUCAAAGGGACCGAAGAAAUCUCCGGAUGCGUAUAGUAUCGGAAGAAUCGGAUAGCAAUCACUCAGAUGUCAGUUCCGUUGACACCGGACAACGAAAAGUACGUACUGCCCAGAAGCGGAUCGUUUCUGAUGACCCUGACAACGUCAAAGAGAAAGACCUGUGCUCACCUGUGACCAGGGAGUCUAAAACCGCGAAAAGGGAAGAGUCGGAAGAUGAGAGUUCCUAUUCUUCCGGUACCUCUUCACUGUCCACCGGCCACACUCGAAGGAGACGAUCGAAGACGAUCAGUAGAAAAAGGCUUUUAACCCUCGACGUGCAUUCAGACACCGACAGCCCUUCGCCGGAGAUGUCUUCCAACAGCGAAGACAAACCCUUAGCCUUGCUCAAGAAGACUUCCGAGAAGAUGCGAAAACAAAGCGCGCCCCUAUCGUCCAGUGAUUCCGACAGUAGCGUUCACAUGGGUGCUCGGGCUUCGAAAAGAAGGCGCGUGCUAACGGAUGAGGAUGAAAGCGUGGAAACGAAACCGUUAAACGUUUCGAAUGAAGAAAACAUCAACCCGCAUCGUCCUGAGCUGAGAGAAUCUGGUGAAGGAACGAAAGCACCGUCGACUAGUACAACAACUCCGCCGAUGAAACCUUGCACUAGCUCUGCGGCGAACGGUGUACUAAGACGGUCUGAAGAGAAGCAGCAAUCAAUUCUAAAGUAUGUAUACCAUCGGUCAUCAUCGGGAGACAAAAGUACAGGGGAUAAACUUGCUGGCGGCCCUUCCAAAGAAACGAAGAAAUCGGGAAAAAGGCGGCCUGACUCAAAGGCUGUUCGUGCAGGCCGCAAGAAGAAGUGCUAUGGACAGGUAAAGUUGCUUGACUACUUAAGGAGCUGUUAAGAGGCUGACUACCGCGUUGUUGCACGUCAACGUCAAACGCGUCUCCGAAGGGCCGGUCAUUAUGAAACGUUUUGAAAUUUGUCUAUACGUGAGCCGUGGUUUCGCGGUAUCACCCGAGCCAUCUGGCGAGCUAAUCACUCGUCACGAUUGUUGUCUCAUCGAUGGCGCGAACGAAGUACUCAAUGGUUCGAUUGAACAGAAAGCAGAGCAUCGUGUGAACCUUAGCAAUCACCGCGGAGAACAUCGUUUCUAUCGAACGCGGAUUUUAA